AUGAAAAGUGAAUCUGGAACGGACACCUCUCCGUUGGGCUUAAAUUUUGGGAUCACCGACUAUGUCGUUUUUACGAUUUUGUUAAGCAGCUCGGCAGCUAUUGGUGUGUAUUUUGGCUUCUUUGCCAAAGUCAAGAACACUACGGAGGAAUAUCUGCAGGGUGGCAAAAAGAUGAAAACACUUCCUAUUGCGAUUUCACUAAUAACGAGCCAGCUAUCCGGUAUCGCAAUAAUGUCCAUUCCGGCUGAAACUUAUUCGUUUGGCUUUAAUUUCAUUUUCGUCGCACUCGCCAUGAUCGCAGCAAUACCCAUCUUGAUCUACGCUAUUAUCCCGGUUUUCUAUGAAAACAAGGUCUCCAAUUGUUAUGAGUAUCUCGAAAUGCGUUUCAGCAAGGGUACGCGUCAAUUGGUGACUGGAAUUUUUGUUGGAAGCACAUUUCUAAUGCUACCCGUCUACAUGUUUAUUCCUGCGCUCGCUUUCUCGCAGGUGUCUGGCAUAAACAUCCAUCUUAUAAACACAAUGGUCUCCUCUAUCUGUGUAUUUUAUACGAUGUUGGGCGGAAUAAAGGCGGUUGUCUGGACUGAUGUGGUUCAGGGCGGUAUUAUGCUCCUUUCGAUUGUUUUGGUGAGUGCGUUGGGCACCUUACGAACCGGUGGGGUCGGAACAGUCAUGGAAUAUGCCUCGGAGGGUGGUCGAUUGAAUUUCGACUUCAGACUGGACCCACGUAUUAGAAUAACUGUCUGGAGUGCCUUCAGUAGCGGCCUUCUUAUAUGGAUCGGUAGCAUCGGCAUGGAUCAGAGCUGUCUGCAGCGCAUCGUGUCGCUGCCAACAUAUGUUCAAGCAAAGAAAUCUUUAAUGUUGACUUGCAUUGGCUUUGUAAUCAUUAUGUUCUUCAAUGCCUUCACCGGCAUCAUUAUGUUUGCGCACUUCUUCGGCUGCGAUCCCAUGCUGGCAGGACUGGUCAACAAGGCGGACAAAAUGAUGCCAUUUUUUGUUCAGGACACUGCAGGCCACAUUACCGGAAUGCCCGGCGUAUUUAUUUCGUGUGUCUUCAGCGCCGCCCUGAGCACGCUCUCGGGCUACCUCCACUCCUUUGCAGGAGUAGUGUACUUCGACUACGUUAAGCCUCACAUUCGGCACACAGAGGAGCGUGCUAAUACGAUCAUGAGGCUGCUGGUCAUUGCCAUGGGAAUUUAUUGCAUUGUGGGUGGCUUUAUAGUCGAGCGAUUUGAUUCCAUCAUGCAGACAAUGAUGACCAUUAGCAGUGUUACUUCUGGACCUGUGAUGAGUGUAUUUGUGCUGGGCAUGUUUGUGCCACGUGUGGGGAGCAAGGCAGCAAUUACCGGCAUCCUAUUCAGCAUCACAGUCAUGACUUCGAUCAUUGUCAAGUCACAGCUGAGUUUUCAGGCCGGACAUAUUAAAUAUGUACCUCUACCCACCUCCAUAGACCAGUGUGAAGUGCGAAAUGUGUCCAUAAUUCUGAAUGUCAUCAGAUCCGCGAGUAAUACUACAACCACUGCGUCCCCAUUCCCAGAUAAACCGCCUUUGGUAACCAACGCCUUCAGCAGCAAUCGGCAAUUCUCUAUCUUCGAAAUAUCCUUCUACUGGUACCGAUUACUGGGCGUACUGCUUGUUUUUCUUUGGGCGAUUCCAAUGAGCUAUGUUUGGACCCCAGACAAAAUGAGAAAGCAGAGUCCGAAACUCUUUUCUCCGUUCGUGCGCAAAUUUCUACCAGAACCCGAAAUAAUGAAGGAAGCAGAAGGUCUUCCACUUAGGGAUACCAUUCCAAAUGAAGCUACUAAGUUGGAAGUAGAAAUUAGUGAGAUGGAAGAGAAAGCUGAGCGCAAAAACAACAAAUGUUAUCUUUAA